AUUCUUCAUUAUCUGGGAUUAGAUCAUGUUGGACAUACUGGUGGCCGCAACAGUGCCUUGAUGGCCCCAAAACUUACAGAGAUGGAUGAUGUGGUCAAGAUGAUUCAUAUGACUAAUAUAGUGAAUCAAAAGAAUGGUCAAGGAAAGACACUCUUGGUCAUAGUAAGUGACCAUGGCAUGACUGAGAGUGGUAAUCAUGGAGGGUCCUCAUAUGAAGAAACAGACUCCUUAGCACUAUUUAUUGGCCUGAAAAAUGAUGUCUCUGAUUAUUUGUCGUCUACCCAUAACAAUAUUUACCAG